AUCCAACGGCAAAUGACAACAGUGCAGGAACAUCACGUCUUUGUCCACGUACCAAUGACAUGUAGCAACUACGCGACUCUGGGCAUAUUGCACACAGUCUGGUGCCUGUAAUGGUCAUUCACUUUGGAAGAAGGGGAAACCGCGGUUGGCACUUGGCACAGAGCUUAAAGACAACACACAAGAGGCCAGCCGGUAGCUUCCAAAUCUCCCGAGUAACCCAGCAGUAUCCGUCGGUCGGUGGCCACCGUCCCCCACGAAGCUUUUCAAAAUCUCACUCGCGCUCCGCGCCUCACUUGGCAGUCAUUCGCAAUCACUCGUUAGCUGCAGCCAAGAAUGCCGCACCUCGAUCUGGACCACCUUUUCUGCGUCUUCGGUGGCGGGGAGUCCAAGUCGAAGGUGGCGUGCGAGACGGCGGCCACGCUCUCUGGCUCCGACGCCGGCGGUCAGUGCGGUACUGCCAGCGCCAGCGCUGGUGCCGACGACGCGGACGCCCCGGCGGAGCCGGUCCUGCUCCAGGUACCGGAUGGCGUCGGCUUGGCCGACCUGUUUAGCGCCGUGCUGCAGCGGGAUGGCUCCACUAAGGGCAGCUCCAACCCCAAGGCGGCCGCGGCGCGCAUGGGCGCGCCGAGGGCGGACUCGAGGAGGUUGCCGGCAACGGCCAGCAAGACCGUCAUCGUCAUCGGCGUCCUGCCUGCGGGCAAGAUGGCCGUGCAGGAGCGUCGCGCUCCCGGCCGCGGGUGGCGCCGGCCGGCGGCAGGGGCCAGGGUCUUCGCGAGCGAGGCCGUGGGCGCGGAGCCCGUGUCCCCGAAGGUGUCGUGCUUUGGUGCCGUACGGUCGGAGAGGCGCGCGGCAGCUAACGACGAGCCGCCGGGGAAGAAGCAUGACGAUGAGCGGAGCGGGUGCUGGGCGAGCGUGGCGGCCGCGCUGCGUGGCGUAUGCUGCAACAACUAUCCUCGUGAAGGCGAACCGGGGGCGAGCGAAUCGAAUUCGAAGGUCGCGACGCUGGAGUCACCGGCGGCCGCUGUUCUGUCGCCGCCGCGGCCGGUGGCGGGGCUGGGAGACGUGAAGCGCCUCGCUUCACGGCGCUGGCCGGAGACCAUGGCAGCAGGAGGACGGGGCUCGGUUUGAAUCUUACAUCCUUGACCAUCACCAAUAGCUUCUCUCCGCCGAGUCUCCUUUCCUUGGCAAAGAAGAGAUUAUGGUUGCAUUUUCACGAUUCUCUUUAUAAAUUGAUUCUCUCUUGUA